UGUACACGACGGGUCAGUGAUAACACGAUAGACGCCACACUUCCCCGUUUGGUCACAGUCGCCAAAUUAAAGACCCCUGUGAUAUCAACCCUCAGCGAACCCCUGGUAACAACCAAACAAGGUCAAUUUCAGCCUGCAAAGUCCCACGCUACCUUAUGAGAUCUUUUAAAAUGACAGCAUCAUUCCGAGCAGUGCUAUCCACGAUCUUGGUAGUAAGCUCCCUUUCCGCUGUCGUUUCCGGUGAGAAGAGAUAUCAGUUCAGCGAGACUAAUCCGAAUGGAUUCACCGUCUCAAUCAAUGGUAUUACGAUUUUUCAGCAUUCAACCACGAAUCCAAUGAUAUACGUAGGGGAGGGAUACACAACCUUCCUCGGCGGACUGGGAAAUUUCCACAUUGAGAAUGUGAUACAGGCCCGAAUUCCCCUCCGACAUUACGAACAUCUUACUACAACGGAUAAGGAUUACGUGCUGUUGAAGUUCGGUGAUACUAAUGAGUUUAUGUGUAACGUGACGUUUGAGUCUACUCCCGACAAUGACCUCGUGGUGUUUAUGGACAUGGUGGGGAGUACCGAUUACCAGUUCUUGUGGCUGAUGGUAGUGGCGGAUCCACAAGAGAUGGUCUUCGGCGGUGGAGAGCAGUUCUCACAUUUUAACCUCCGCGAGAGGACAUACACUCCACCUGAAGUCGUUACGGUCCUGCGCGCGGACGACCUCAAAUAUCCUAUCUGGACCAGGGAACAAGGUGUUGGCAGGGAUAAGAGUAACCUGGUGACGUACUAUGCGGACCUGAAGACAGGAGGGGGAGGUGCCUUUCACACGACAUAUUACCCCCAGCCGUCCUACGUCAGCUCCCGUCGUUACUACCUCCACUACUCAGACCCCAACUAUAUGGUCCUCGACUUCAGCGCCCCCGCCUACCACGAGAUCUUUAUCAAAGGCGAUGUGGGCAAGUUCUACUUCAAGUCAGCAACGUCCAUGCUCGAGCUAGUGCAGUCCCUGUCUCAUUUCCAGGGCCGCAUGCCCGCCCUGCCUGACUGGGUGACGUCAGGCAUCACAAUAGGGGUCCAGGGAGGAACGGACACGAUGCUGGCUAGACUAAAGACAGUCCAGGACGCCGGUAUACAGGUGAAUGGACUUUGGAUCCAGGACUGGUCUGGAGAUAUUCAUACUUCAUUCGGGAAGAGAGUCUUCUGGAACUGGAAACUCAACACAACGCUUUACGACAAAUGGAACGAGACCAUUGCCGAUCUAAAGGGAAAAGGCAUCCGGGUUCUUGCCUAUGUUAACCCGAACCUCAACAGAGAUGGGGACUUAUUCAAGGAGGCGGAUGCCAAAGGUUAUUUCAUUAAAGAUCCCCGGACGAGUAAAACCCUCCUUACAAAUUUCGGGGAGUUCUUCUGCGGUUCUAUCGAUUUCACCUAUCCCGAUGCCUUCUCUUGGUAUAAAGAGACAAUCCUAAAGCAGAACAUGAUCGAUAUCGGCCUUGGAGGAUGGAUGGCGGAUUUCGGGGAAUACCUCCCUACCACGGCUCUGUUUCAUAACGCCAAAUCAGGCGAAACACUUCACAACAUGUGGCCGAUCUACUGGGGCCGGAUGAACAGGGCUGCAAUACAAGAAUCAGGAAAGGAAGGCGAGAUCGUCUUCUUUAUGAGAGCAGGGCACUCGGGUAUCUCCAACUUCACGACGUUGAUGUGGGCGGGGGACCAGAACGUGAACUUUGACCCUGCGGAUGGCCUACCCUCUACUGUUGUGGCUGCUCUGUCUGCGGGGGUUUCGGGAAUAGGAAUGACCCACUUCGAUAUUGGGGGAUAUACCACGUUUGCAAGCAUGGGACUAAAACGCACGCCUGAAUUGCUCAUCCGAUCUGGCGAAAUGGCUGUCUUUACGCCGUACAUGCGCACGCACGAAGGUAAUCAGCCUGAGGCAAACGUACAAGUGUACUCAAAUCCAUACCUGCUGCAGCACUUUGCGCGUCUGUCUCGAGCGCAUAGCCUUCUAGCCAACUACACCCGAGCUGCCGUGGCGGAGUACGUAAGAAAUGGGACGCCAGUACAGCGUCCAAUGUUCUUUUCAGACAACACAACUCUCAGUUUCCAAGCCAAGUACCAGUACAUGUACGGCCCCGACCUUGUUGUGGCCCCGAUAGUAACACAGGGGGCCACUGCAGGGGAUUGUUACCUUCCUCCAGGGACAUGGGUAAACUUAUGGGACGGGGGCGACUACGCCGGUUUUAAAAAGUACUCAAACCUUUCGGCACCCCUUGGGAAACCUUUAGUAUUCUAUAACAUUGAGUCUCCCUAUAAAACUACAUUUGAAGCAAUAAAGAAGUUACCGAAUCCGCCCACUCCCCCAAUUAUCCCCACUACCAAACCAACUGUAAGUCCUUGCAUCAACAAGGCAGCAGCUUUUGGCCAUGAUGUCUGGUGGAGUCUGCUAAGUAUGUUCGUUAUUAGUCAGUAUCUUGCAGUUAGUUUAUAAAAGCUACAUGUACAUACUUUACGCUCACUUCUGUUCUCUGCACCCCUGGAAUAUGUCAGGACGAAAUUGUCGGCCUUAUACCUUAUACAUCUACACGAAACAAGUAGACUAGUGUGAUCCUCAGAUUUACAUCACAGGAAUCAAAUUGCAGCGUAACGGUAACAGUACCCGGCUUUGGAGUUGGUUCUCGCUCUCUGUAAUCUUUAAAUGAUAGGUAUGAGCCCUGCGAUUAGUUUUUUUCUUGAAACCAAUCAGAUAGCUGAUUGUGUAUUUUCGAAUUCUACAUGAUGUACUCCAGGGAUGCAGAAAACGGAGGUCGGCGUUACUCUGGGAUUUCAAGGAUAGCCAACGAUAACAGACAACAUUCUUUGCGGUAAAAGUCGAUUGAAAUGACGAAAAAAAAAAUUUGAAUGCAAUGAGUCUAUACAGAACCAGUGGAAAUAUUGUGUCAACGAGCAUCACACGUAAACCAUGUACUAAAUUAUUAUGUAUCUUUUAUUAACUUGUAAGUUCAGAAAACCCCGAUGGUAUCCAAUAUCACAACUCCUGACUAUACUAUUGUUGCUGUCAUGUUCGACGUUUGUUGCCAUGGUAAUAUGAAGGAAUUAGUGAAAUGAAUACAUCCGUUUGCUGAAGGAUCGUAUAAGCGAUCCUCGACUCUUAUGUUACGCAUGAGGUAUGAUGAAAAUAUCUCUGUGCACAUGUAACAGUAGACUCCAUUCAAUCGCAGUAGACCUAACUCCAUCUAAUCGCAGUGGACGUAACGCCAUCAAAUCGAAUUAGACUUACCUCCAUCCAAUCGCAGUUGCCGUAACUCAAUCUAAUCGCAGCAGACGUAACUCCAUCCAAUCGCAGUAGACGUAACUUCAUCCAAUUGCAGUAGACUUAACUCCAUCCAAUCGCAGUAGACUUAACUCCAUCCAAUCGCAGUAGACGUAACUUCAUCCAAUCGCUGUAGACGUAACUCCAUCCAAUCUCACUAGACCUAACUCCAUCCAAUCGCAGCAGAUGUAACUCUAUCCAAUCGCAGCAGACGUAACUCCAUCCAAUCGCAGUAGACGUAACUCCAUCCAAUCGCAGUAGACGUAACUUCAUCCAAUCGCUGUAGACGUAACUCCAUCCAAUCUCACUAGACCUAACUCCAUCCAAUCGCAGCAGCUGUAACUCCAUCCAAUCGCAGCAGACGUAACUCCAUCCAAUCGCAGUAGACGUAACUCCAUCCAAUCGCAGUAGACGUAACUCAAUCCAAUCGCUUUAGACGUAACUCCAUCCAAUCGCAGUAGACGUAACUCCAUCCAAUUGCAGUAGACAUAACUUUUAUAGAUGUUGUUUAUUCAUUUUUACCGGUUAUCAUUUGUAUUCGAUACGUGUGCCGUUAUGGAUAUAUAAAACAUUGUUAUAUUUUGUAUGACUGCAGCACUGAAACUUAUCAUAAUAAAGAUAUACGUAGUU